GGGAGGAUGAUUUGUCAAGUCUCGUCUUUACUCCUCAGUGUGUGUAUGAGUGUGCGCGCGUGUGUGUAUGUGUGUGUGGGGCCAUGUGGAGCGAGUAGACGUUUGUUUUUACUUCGUCGUUCGUUGUUUUAUUCACUCCAACCUUUUUUUGUUUUUUGUUUUUAAACUAAACGCCACGAGACACAGAAGCGUUUCUUCACAGGAACAACUUCAGCGGAACUUUUCCUCACCUAAAACGGACUUCAACUGCCUUUGUUGUUAUUUUUUUUUACAUUUUUAAGCAACAACAACACGUAUUUUCAGGUGAAGUCGUCACCAUGGAGGAGCAUGACUACCCUCACCCGUUCAUUCACGAGGUGAAGCUGACCACAGCGCUGAGGAUCAGGGGCAUCAUCCUGGGCAGUGUCCUCUUCCCUCUGCGCGUCACAUUGGCGGCCAUUUGCUUCCUCAUCAUGUGGCCCCUGGCGCGGCUACGACUGGCCGGCCUGUCCGAGGAGGAGCGCUCGCGGCCCGUCACGGGCUGGCGCCACUGGCUCUUCCACACGAUCGUCUGGCAGCUGAGCAGAGGCGUCUUCCUCUGCCUGGGCUUCCCGCGGGUGACGGUCAAAGGCCGCAGGGCCGACCUGAAGGAGGCUCCAGUGCUGGUGGUCGCGCCGCACAGCACCUACCUGGACAUGGUGGUUCUGUGUCCGACGCAGCUCGCCACGGUAGUGUCGCGGUCGGAGAAUAAAAGCCUGCCGGUCAUUGGAGCUUUGCUGGAGUUCAACCAGGCCGUGUUGGUGAGCAGGAAGGACCCAGAGUCGAGGAAGAAGGCAGUGACGCAGGUCACAGAGAGGCUGACCUCUAAUGGCUACUGGCCUCAGAUGCUGAUGUUUCCAGAAGGAACCACAACGAAUGGACGAGCGCUCAUCAAAUUCAAGCCCGGUGCCUUCCUCGCCGGAGUCCCCGUCCAACCUGUUCUGCUGCGCUACCCCAACAAAGUGGACACUGUUCGCUGGACGUACAAAGGAACAGCCUGGUAUGAGGCGCUGUGGCACACGACGUCGCAGAUCUACACCAACGCGACGGUCGAGUUCCUGCCGGUUUACCAACCUUCAGAGGAGGAGAAGAACGACCCCGGUCUGUACGCAGACAACGUCCAGAAACUCAUGGCCAAAGAACUCGGCAUCCCGGCCACAGACUAUGUGAUGGAGGGCGGAGUCCCCGUCAGUAAAGUGGGCGGAGUUUCUCUGCCAGUGGAUUCUCCCGCCAGGAAAACUCUGUCACUGCUGCACAGGAGCAGUCUGGGGCCAUAUGGGGUGGAGUCAGCUCUGCACCAGUUGAGAGACACGUGUCAGUUUGGAGCCCAGGGGUCAAAGGUCAGCGCGGACGAGCUGGCGUCUCUGCUUGGACUGAAGGACAGAGAGACGGCCAUGGCACUCUGCGGCUUCUACUCCAAGGAUGAAACUGUGGACCUCAGAGUGUUUUAUCUGAGCGUUGCUGCUCUGUCAGGAUUUUUCCGCUUCAAGUCUCUGCUCCACGCUGCCUUUACUAUGUUUGACAGGGAGGCCACAGGAAGUCUGAGUGCAGAGGAGUUCUCAGACCUCAUGGGGGCACUGUUGGGUUUCCCACAGCGCAGCACUGCUGAACUGUACAAGGAGGCGUCCAGUGGAGGAUCACUCACUGAAGAAAAUCUGCUGCGAGUGCUGACGACCCAUCCGACCUAUCAGAGGCUGCUGAACGAAUACCUGCAGCCAGAAGAGGCGGAGUCUCACCUGCUGGCCAAUGGGAAGGCUGUAAACAAUAACGGAAACAUGCACAACGGCAACGGAUCUUUGCACAACAGCAAAAAGUUUGAGUGACAGUUUUUCUCCAGACCCCUUUUUUGUUUUGUUUUUUUUGUUGUUUUUUUUUUAAAAAAGGACCGUAUUAUUCUUGAUUAUCUUGAUUGAUACAGUUCCAGAAAUGCGAGGAACAUAUGACAAAAAAGAUUGUACUUUUAGUUUGGUGGAUGUUUAUUUUUUAAUAUUGUUAUCAUUUAAUCUAAAACUGUGUUUAUUAUUAUUUUUAUACAAUGACCUUAUUUUGUAAUUGAUGCCAUUUAAAAAUCCAUGAUGUGCCUUAUUUAUAAAUUGUCCACUUUUGUUUUUUUAAACGGGACGAGGGAAUGUGCAAAAAGAAACUGUUCACUGAAUCAAGUUUAUUUUUAUGUUUAUUUUUUUGUCAGAAAAUGGUUUUAUAUUUAUGAAUGAAUUAAACUGUGAAUUGUUUUAACUCUUA